AUUCACUACAUAAUCCGUAGGACAUUUUGAGAAUUUGAUUAGCAAAGCAUGUCAAUCUUGCCGUCGUCUCUCUCAAUGCCGCAACCUCUGUCAUCGGCAAAAUCUCUCUCCGGCACCCCCAUAUGGGGCCAUUCACUGUGCCUCGCCAACAAACUCUCACACCUCUCCCUCAAAACGACGCCGAUUAGGAUGGGCGGCGGGCCCCGAACCUACCCGGGAGGCGUCUCCAAGUGGCAGUGGAAACGGAUGCAGGCCAAGAAAGCCAAGCAGCUGCUCAAAGCCCGUUUGGACCGUGAACGCCAGAUUUACGAGAUGAGGAAGCGGGCCGAGCUCAAGGCCGCCGUCUCCGAGCUCGAACGCCCCUGGGAGGCCGUCGAAAAGCCGCCCAAUCUGUUCUCCGUCAGCGCCGAUGACCAAUUGAAGGUCCUCGCUGAUAGGUUUCAGAAGCCCGGCGGCCUUGAUUUGUGGUCUGAGAGGGACGGCCCGGAAUUGUUCCGCCCCGAUAAUGACUUCCCCUCUUCCCGAUUUUUCCCCAAAGGGGUUGUUCAUAGCAUUCAACCCUAUCGAAAAUCGGGUACGUCGGAGGAAUUUGGGGGUUCCGGUUUGGAAGAAGAUUUGGGGGCUAUUGAAGAUGGUAUGAAUAAAGGGGGAAUGGAGCCGAGAUUGAGAAGGUCGGAUGGCGAAAAUCGGAACAUGAAGGGGAAAUUAAGGAAGAAGGGAAAUAGGAACAUGGAAAGAUUGAGUUUUGGAAAUAAUUCUAGAGAAUUUAGGAGUAGCAAUGAUGUAAAGAAGGGUCAGAAUGUGGAAUUUGAUAUGAGUUUGCAAAAUGAUGGGAGCUAUGGGUUUGAAGUUGGAGAGUUGAGGUAGGUAUGAUUGAGUUCAGGUAUCCAUGAUUACCAUUGUCUUCUUCCAUUUAGUAUAUGUGCAUAUUGAUUUUGAUGCUCUGCAAAUACCAGUGUUGAAUUGUAAGUACAUAUUUGAAUAGUUUGGACCAUUGAGUUUCUUAUACGAGUGAUCAUAUUACUUGAUA